GCUUCUCCAAGGAUGAACGCGGACAUGGAUGCUGUUGAAGCAGAGAAUCAGGUGGAGUUAGAAGAGAAAACACGGCUUAUUAAUCAAGUUUUGGAACUCCAGCACACACUUGAAGAUCUGUCAGCACGAGUAGAUGCUGUCAAGGAAGAAAACUUGAAACUGAAAUCAGAAAACCAAGUUCUUGGACAGUAUAUAGAAAAUCUGAUGUCAGCAUCUAGCGUUUUCCAAACAACUGACACAAAAAGCAAAAGGAAGUAAGGGUUGAUUCACAACAUCAUUGUAUUGCUGCUGUCAUUUUUGUUUUACUUGGCAUAGGCUACAUGAGCUAAAUACCUUAGUUUGUGGCUUUACUGGAAACCUACAGACUGCAAGCUUCAGUGGUAAAA